CUACAUCAUAGUUCAAGGAAAUUCGGUUGCUUUUUUAAUCUUUAUUUUCUCCCCUAUAUUUACCAAUUACUAUUUUAUUAUUCUCCUAGCAAUUUUUACUAAUUCAAUCACCUUCGUCUUCAACCAUUCAACAAUAUGCUAUCGCGCGUUUCGUUUCCAUGCAUGCAAAAUAAUCUCUCUAGAAUGUUAUUUUCCCUUUGAUUGAAUUCUUUUCGCCAUCUUCUCUCUUUUGAGGUUCUUGGAAUUUUCCAUUACAAAAUUAAAAGGAUGGGACAACAGACGUUGAUUUAUAGCUUCGUUGCCCGGGGAACGAUAAUUUUGGCAGAGUACAGCGAGUUCACAGGAAAUUUUAAUAGCAUAGCCUCUCAAUGCCUGCAAAAACUGCCUACAUCUAACAACAAAUUCUCAUAUAAUUGUGAUGGUCACACCUUCAAUUUCCUCUCCGACAAUGGAUUCACAUAUUGCGUGGUGGCUACUGAAUCUGCAGGCAGGGAAAUCCCCAUUGCCUUCUUGGAUCGUGUAAAGGAUGAUUUUAGCAAAAGAUAUGCUGGAGGAAAAGCUGCAACUGCUAGUGCUAAAAGCCUGAAUAGGGAAUUUGGGUCAAAAUUAAAGGAACACAUGAAAUACUGUGUUGAUCAUCCUGAAGAAAUCAGUAAGCUUUCUAAGGUCAAGGCUCAAGUUUCUGAAGUCAAGGGAGUUAUGAUGGAAAACAUUGAGAAGGUUCUUGACCGUGGUGAGAAGAUUGAGCUUCUAGUCGAUAAAACAGAGAAUCUUCGAUCACAGGUCAGCUUAAUGCAUCAGGAAUAUGUUUUGAGCAACUUUAACUGCAUGAUUGAUGUGUCCACUUUCCUAUUUCAUUCCUUUAAUUUUUAUAAGCAAAAAUUGUUUCCUGGUUUGUGCAAUGGUUGUAAUCUGUUAUUUGCGAUUUUCAGGCUCAGGACUUCAGAAAACAGGGGACCAAGAUAAGGAGGAAGAUGUGGUAUGAAAAUAUGAAGAUAAAACUGAUUGUUUUGGCUAUCAUCAUAAUCAUCAUUCUCAUUAUCAUUUUAUCUGUCUGCCCGGGAUU